AUGGGCGACACGGGUUGUGUUCACUUCGAGGCGUACGUGAAGGAGUACGGAAUCGAUUCGUUCAGCGUGGUGCACGCAUACUUUAGUGCGUGCAUCAAUCGGGAGGCCCGGCGCCGCAAGGCGCUCUCCUGUCUCUGUCACAAGUGCGGCAGUUCCGGCCCCCAGCUGUACUCCUGCCUGCACUGCAUCUACUUUGGCUGCAAGGGCGCCCACAUCAACGAGCACCACAAGCAGACGAAGCACUACAUGGCGCUCGAGCUGUGCUACGGCAUGCUGUACUGCUACCAGUGCCGUGAUUUUAUCUACCACCGCGAGUGCCAGCUGAUCGCCGAACGGCACCUGCGGCGCGAAGCCCGCAGUCUCAACAAAAGCCUCUCCUGGCGACCGUGGAGCCCGUCGCAGCUCGAGAUCGAGCUGCUGCUGAAGAACCCCAAGCGGCGCCACGUGACGGCCUGCACCAGUAUCGGGCUGCGCGGAUUGCUGAACCUCGGCUCGACCUGCUUCAUGAACUGCAUCGUACAGGCCCUCAUCCACACCCCGCUGCUGCGUGACUACUUUCUGUCCGAGCUGCACGAAUGCACAACGAAGAACUCGGCCAAAUGUCUGGUGUGCGAGGUGUCGCGUCUCUUCCAGGAGUUUUACUCCGGUGCGCGGGGUCCCCUGUCGCUGCACCGGCUGCUGCACCUGAUCUGGAACCAUGCGCGCCACCUGGCCGGUUACGAGCAGCAGGAUGCGCACGAGUUCUUCAUCGCCACGCUCGACGUUCUGCACCGGCACUGCAAGAUCUCGAUGACGGAGCUAGCUGCCAACGCGGCGGCAGCAGCCAGUGAUAAAAGCAAACCCACGGCGCCUCAGCUGCUAUCUGGUGGGUCACACUCGCACCCGUCCCACCAACCGUCACACCAUCAGCAACAGCAACAGCCACAACACCAGCAGGCAGCGUCGCUGCAACAACCGCAACCCCAACAGCACCUUACGCCGUCGGUUACCUCUCAGCAAACGCCAGCUCCGGCGGCCAGCGGUGUACAGGCAGCUGCGGCCAGUGGCUCUUCGACAGGAGCAGCCGGUAGCAGUGCUCCAAGAGCCCCGCAACCGGAUCCGAACCCGGCCCAGUGUAGCUGCAUUAUCGAUCAAAUCUUCACCGGUGGGCUGCAGAGUGACGUCGUGUGUCAGGCGUGUAACGGUGUCUCGACGACGAUCGACCCAUUCUGGGACAUUUCCCUCGAUCUAGGUGAAUCGAGCAGUGGCGGGGGCUACGGUGGCCCACCGAAAUCGCUGAUCGACUGCCUGGAGCGGUUCACGCGCGCCGAACACCUGGGCUCGAGCGCCAAGAUCAAGUGUAGCUCCUGCAUGAGCUACCAGGAGUCGACGAAGCAGCUGUCGAUGCGCACGCUUCCGAUCGUGGCCAGCUUUCACUUGAAACGCUUCGAACACUCUAGCCUGAUCGAUAAGAAAAUCUCCACCUUCAUCUCAUUCCCGUCGGAGCUGGACAUGACCCCGUUCAUGUCGCAGAAGAAAACCGACCAGCACCAUCACCACCCUGCGGCUGCGUCCAACGGCAGUGGUUUAUUGCCAGCAGGAGGCUGCAGUGCUGUUGGCACGGGCGGCGGCACGAACGGCCAGCAGCCGGUUCACGUGGCGCCCACCGCGCCAACCGGCAACGAACCAUCGCACUCGAUAGCCGACGAAGGACGGGGUGCGGAGACGGCCAAAGUGAGACGACAGUCACUGCACUCGGGCGAUACGGCCGAUUUCCGGUACUCGCUGUACGCCGUCAUCAAUCACGUCGGUACGCUCGAUGCCGGCCACUAUACGGCGUACGUUCGGCACCAGAAGGACAUUUGGGUAAAGUGUGACGAUCAUAUCAUUACGACGGCCACCUUGAAGCAGGUGCUCGACAGUGAAGGGUAUCUUCUGUUUUACCACAAAAAGAUUCUGGAAUACGAGUAAUGAAUGAUGGCGCAUGACGAGAGACAUCGGUUCGGGGGGCCGUUUCAUUCCUCGGCCACUCGGCGAGACUGACGGAAGGCAGAGGACUAUUUUCACGAAGACUGUAAAACUCUAAGUCUAAGCUGGUAGUGAGAGGCAGUAGAAGGAUCGGACGGACGAUCAUCAUAAUUCAGUUCACAUACAAACACACACACACACACACACGCUCACCAAACAAUCGGACAGCGGCCGAAUUCCUGCGCCGAAACACGUCCUGACGUCCAUUCUUCGUCCAUUUAUUUAUUGAAAGUGGUGCCGAGUUCCUUUCGCUACUACCUCUCGCAUCGCCGCUCCUUUGUCGACUCAUUUUUCACGUCUUAUCGGAGUAGAAUACACACGGAAAAAGGCCAAUGAUAACACGGGCGGAAGGGUGUAUGUUUUACUCACAUUAUUGACUCACGUUUGCCGCAUUUAUGAUCGUUUUCAACCGAUCGCGACCUAUCAACGGGAAACGGAACGUAGUCAACGUAAAAGAGCAGAGUGGAAAAACAAACAUUUAUUCGCGGUACUCCCGGU